GAAGAGAAGAAAGGAUCAGAUUUGACUCAUCAAAGAGAAAGACCAGACUCAGAGGAACCAGAGCCAGGGACGUCCGAACCAGCAAGACGACACCAGUGCUCCUACUUUAGAAAGGGUUGUAACCGGUUAUGGAACCUGAAACAACACGAGAAAAUACACACAAGGGAGAAGCCUUACCACUGCUCCCAGUGUGGAAAGAGUUUUAAGCUUUUAGGAACCCUUAAAGCCCACGAGAAAAUACACACAGGGGAGAAGCCUUACCACUGCUCCCAGUGUGGAAAGAGUUUUAAGCUUUUAGGAACCCUUAAAGCUCAUGAGAGAAUACACACAGGGGAGAAGCCUUACCACUGCUCCCAGUGUGGAAAGAGUUUCAAACGGCCUUGUCAUCUGAAACAACACGAGAGAAUGCACACAGGGGAGAAGCCUUACCACUGCUCCCAGUGUGGAAAGUGUUUCAGCAGUUUAGGGGAGCUGAAACGACAUGAGAUAAUACAUACAGGGGAGAAGCCUUACCACUGCUCCCAGUGUGGAAAGAGUUUUAAGCUUUUAGGAACCCUUAAAGCCCACGAGAAAAUACACACAGGGGAGAAGCCUUACCACUGCUCCCAGUGUGGAAAGAGUUUUAAGCUUUUAGGAACCCUUAAAGCUCAUGAGAGAAUACACACAGGGGAGAAGCCUUACCACUGCUCCCAGUGUGGAAAGUGUUUCAGCAGUUCAGGGGAGCUGAAACGACACGAGAGAAUACACACAGGGGAGAAGCCUUACCACUGCUCCCAGUGUGGAAAGUGUUUCAGCAGUUUAGGGGAGCUGAAACGACAUGAGAUAAUACACACAGGGGAGAAGCCUUACCACUGCUCCCAGUGUGGAAAGAGUUUCAAUCGGUCAGGGGACCUGAAACAACAUGAGAGAAUACACACAGGGGAGAAGCCUUACCACUGCUCCCAGUGUGGACAGUGUUUCAAUCGGUCAGGGGAGCUGAAACGACAUGAGAGAAUACACACAGGGGAGAAGCCUUACCACUGCUCCCAGUGUGGAAAGAGUUUCAAACGGCCUUGUCAACUGAAACAACAUGAGAGAAUGCACACAGGGGAGAAGCCUUACCACUGCUCCCAGUGUGGAAAGUGUUUCAGCCAGAAAGGAGGCCUGACCCAACACGAGAGAAUACACACAGGGGAGAAGCCUUACCACUGCUCCCAGUGUGGAGAGUGUUUCAAACGGUCAGGGGAGCUGAAACGGCACGAGAGAAUACACACAGGGGAGAAGCCUUACCACUGCUCCCAGUGUGGAAAGUGUUUCAACCAGAAAGGAAGCCUGACCCAACACGAGAGAAUACACACAGGGGAGAAGCCUUACCACUGCUCCCAGUGUGGAAAGUGUUUCAGCCAGAAACGAGGCCUGACCCAACACGAGAGAAUACACACAGGGGGGAAGCCUUACCACUGCUCCCAGUGUGGAGAGUGUUUCAAACAGCCAGAAUGUCUGAAACGGCACGAGAGAAUACACACAGGGGAGAAGCCUUACCACUGCUCCCAGUGUGGAAAGUGUUUCAACCAGAAAGGAAGCCUGACCCAACACGAGAGAAUACACACAGGGGAGAAGCCUUACCACUGCUCCCUGUGUGGAAAGUGUUUCAGCCAGAAAGGAGGCCUGACCCAACACGAGAGAAUACACACAGGGGAGGAGCCUUACCCCUGCUCCCAGUGUGGAAAGUGUUUUAAACAGCCAGAAUAUCUGAAACGGCACGAGAGAAUACACACAGGGGAGAAGCCUUACCACUGCUCCCAGUGUGGAAAUAGUUUUAAGGUGUUAGGAACCCUUAAAGCUCAUGAGAGAAUACACACAGGGCAGAAGCCUUACCACUCCUCCCAGGGUGCAAAGUUUUUGCCCAUUUAGGAAGCCUGGAAGAACAAAUGAGACUACACACAGAGGAGAAGGCUUAGAAAUUGCUCAGACUGGGAAAACAUUACUCAUCACAGUCACUUGAACGUCAUGAGAGAAUCCACACAGAAGAGAAGAAUUACUUGUAUAUUGAUAUUUCACAUCUCAUUGACUUAAAAUUCUUCAGAGAACAUACACAGUGCUCCCAUUGUCUUAUAUUGUUGACUGAUAAUGUGUUUACUUGUUUUUACCGUAUGAAAUUAAAUGGUACAAGGUAUACUCAAACAUAUAUUUGUUUGUUUUUAUUAGAAAACAUGAAUUUAAUAUGGAGUAUGUCAGUUUGAAUAUAAAGUAGAUCAGAUUCCAUGUGUUUAAAUGGUCCUUUU